AUGUCGACCUCCGAGAAGGAUAUCAAAAACGGUGCCGCUGUCGACCCCUCAAUCGAGGUUGAAUACGCCAGCGACCCCGAUAGGGCUGGCUUCGACCAGGCUGCUACCAAGAGACUGCUGCGCAAGAUCGACUGGACAUUGAUUCCUUUCCUUGCCCUGUUGUACCUGCUGUCCUUCCUGGACCGCACCAACAUUGGCAAUGCUCGUCUCGCUGGCCUCGAGAAGGACCUGGGAAUGCAGGGCCUCGACUACAACGUCGCCCUCUCAGUCUUCUUCCCUUGGUAUGUCGCUGCCGAGAUUCCCUCCAACUUGGCCAUGAAGCGCUUCCGCCCUUCUAUCUGGAUUCCCUGCAUUAUGAUCGCCUGGGGUAUUUGCUGUACCCUCAUGGGUCUCGUCCACAACUAUGCCGGGCUCUUGGCUGCUCGCAUGGCUCUUGGUCUUGCUGAAGGUGGUCUUUUCCCCGGUAUUACCUACUACAUUACCAUGUGGUACCGACGUCACGAGUGCGGUCUUCGCAUGGCCAUCUUUUUCUCUGCCGCUACAGCGGCUGGCGCCUUCGGCGGUCUUCUCGCCAGAGGCAUUGUUGAGAUGAGGGGCAUUGGAGGCAGACCCGGCUGGGCCUGGAUUUUCAUCCUUGAGGGCAUCCUCACUCUCGCUGUUGCCAUCGCCGCCUUCUUCGUCAUGAACGACUAUCCUGCCACUGCCAAGUUCCUCACUGUCGCCGAGAAGGAGGAGGUUACUCGCCGUCUUGAGCAGGACCGCUCCGCUCUUGCUGAUGAGUUCAGCAUGGUUUACUUCAAGGAUGCCAUGAAGGACUGGAAGAUCUGGGUUCACAUGCUCAUCACCAUCGGAAUUUACACCCCCCUCUACUCCUACUCUCUCUUCCUCCCCACCAUCGUCAGUGGCCUCGGCUACACCAACGAGACGGCCCAGCUGAUGACCGUUCCCCCGUAUAUCGUGGCCUGUGUGUGCUGUAUCAGUGGUGGGUGGUUGGCCGAUCGCCACAAGCAGCGUGGCAUUUACAUGAUCUUCUUCUGCCUCAUCGCAAUGACCGGCUUCAUUAUGCUGCUUUCCUCCCAGAGCAACGGAGUGAAGUAUGCUGGCUGCUUCUUCGCUGCCUCCGGUAUCUACCCCAACGUUCCCCAGGGUGUCGCUUGGAACGGCAACAACAUCGGAGGCUCUGUGAAGAGAGGUGUUGGAAUUGCCAUGCACGUCGGCUUCGGUAACCUUGGUGGUGCUAUUGCUGGCUUCCUGUACCAGGCCAAGGACAAGCCUCACUACUACCCCGGCCACGGCACACUCUUGUCGACGUUGACCAUGUCAAUGCUUCUCUCCACCUUCAUGACGAUCUACCUCCGUCGCGAGAACGCCCGCCGAGACCGCGAGUACAAGGAUCCUUCCCAAUACACUGCUGAGGAGAAGGCAGCAGAGCGUCACAAGGGUGACAACGCCACCUUCUUCCGCUACACGGUUUGA